ACAGUAUUUUUGGAGAAGUUAGUAAAACCGAAUCUGACAUCAUCACCUAGCAGCUCAUGCAGCUAGCAAGUGGUUUGUUCUUAGGGUAACAGAGGAGGAAAUUGUUCCUCGUCUGAUAAGACAACAGUGUAGAAAGGACGCAUGCUGUUUCUUAGGGAUACGGCUGACUUCCAGAUAUGACCAUGUAUUUGUGGCUUAAACUUUUGGCAUUUGGCUUUGCCUUUCUGGACACAGAAGUAUUUGUGACAGGGCAAGGCUCAACACCUUCCCCCAUUGGACCGAGAACGACAAAGAUGCCCAGUGUUCCACUUUCAAGUGACCCCUUACCUACUCACACCACUGCAUCCUCACCCGCAAGCAUCUCUGAAAGAGAAAAUGACUUCUCAGAGACCACACCUCCUUUUAGUUCAGACAAUACUUCAACCCAAGUAUCCCCGGACUCUUUGGAUAACGCUAGUGCUUUUAAUAUGACAGGUGUUUCAUCAGCACAGACGCCUCACCUUCCCACGCAUGCAGACUCGCAGACGCCCUCUACUGGAACUGACACGCAGACACUCAGCGGCUCCGCCGCCAAUGCCACACUCAGCCCUACCCCAGGCAGCAAUGAUAUCUCAGAUGUCCCAGGAGAGAGGAGUACAGCCAGCACCUUUCCUACAGACCCAAUUUCCCCAUUAGCAACCACCCUCAUCCCUGCACGCAACAGCUCUGCUGCCUUACCUGCACGCACCUCCAACACCACCAUCACAGCGAACACCUCAGAUUCCUACCUUAAUACCUCUGAAACAACCACUCUGAGCCCUUCUGGAAGCACUGGCAUUUCAACCCCAACAAUAGCUACUACUCCAUCCAAGCCAACAUGUGCUGAAAAAUAUGCAAACAUCACUGUGGAUUACUUAUAUAACAAGGAAACUAAAUUAUUUACAGCAAAGCUAAAUGUUAAUGAGAAUGUGGAAUGUACAAACAAUAAUCACACACACAAUAUUUGCACAAAAAAUGAGGUGCUUAAUCUUCCAGAAUGUAAAGAAAUGAAUGUUUUCAUAUCUCAUAAUUCAUGUACAGAUCCUCAUAAAGAAUUAAAAUUAGAUGUGCCACCAGAGGUUGAAAAGUUUCGGUUAGAUAAUUGUACAAAGGAUGUAGAAGCAAAUACCACUAUUCAUUUAAAAUGGGAAAUUAUUGAAAGCUUUACUUGUAAUAAAAGUAAAAUUACCUACAGAUUUCAAUGUGGUGAUAAAACAUCUGAUAAGGAAGACAUUUAUUUAAAAAACCUUGAACCUGAAUAUGAGUAUAAGUGUGACUCAGAAAUAGUCUAUAAUAAGAACAAGUAUACUAAUAUAACUAAAAUUAUAAAAACAGAUUUUGGGAUUCCAGGACAGCCUCAGAUUAUUGUUUGUACAAGUGAAGCUGCACAUCAAGGAGUAAUUGCCUGGAAUCCCCCUCAAAGACUAUUUGAUCAUUUUACCCUCUGUUAUGUAAACAAGACAGCAAAAAAAUGCCUCAAUCUGGAUAAACACCUGACAACAUAUGAUUUGCAAAAUUUGAAACCUUAUACAAAAUAUAAUUUAUCAUUACAUGCCUACAUCAUUGCAAAAGUGCAACGUAAUGGAACUGCUGCAACAUGUAAUCUCAUAACUAAAAGUGCACCUCCAAGCCAGGUCCAGAACAUGGCUGUCUCCACGACAUCAGAUAACAGUAUGCGCGUCAAGUGUGAGGUUCCCAAGGACAUUAAUGGCCCCGAUGGACGUUACCAUCUGGAAGUCGAAGCUGGAGAUACUCUAGUAAGAAAUGUGUCACAAUCUAAGUGCGAUUUCCCUGUAAACAAUCUUCAAUAUUCAACAAACUACAUUUUUAAGGCCUAUUAUCACAAUGGAUACUAUUCUGGAGAACCAGUUAUUUUACCUAAAUCAACAUCUUAUAAUUCUAAGGCACUGAUAACAUUUCUGGCAUUUCUGAUUAUUGUGACAUCAAUAGCUCUACUUGUUGUUCUCUAUAAAAUCUAUGAUCUACAUAAGAAAAGAUCCUGCAAUUUGGAUGAACAACAGGAGCUUGUUGAAAGGGAUGAUGAAAAACAACUGAUGAAUGUGGAGCCAAUCCAUGCAGAUAUUUUGUUGGAAACAUAUAAGAGGAAGAUUGCUGAUGAAGGAAGACUUUUUCUGGCUGAAUUUCAGAGCAUCCCACGGGUGUUCAGCAAGUUUCCUAUAAAGGAAGCUCGAAAGCCCUUUAACCAGAAUAAAAACCGUUAUGUUGACAUUCUUCCUUAUGAUUAUAAUCGUGUUGAACUCUCUGAGAUAAAUGGAGAUGCAGGGUCAAACUACAUAAAUGCCAGCUAUAUUGAUGGUUUCAAAGAACCCAGGAAAUACAUUGCUGCACAAGGUCCCAGGGAUGAAACUGUUGAUGAUUUCUGGAGGAUGAUUUGGGAACAGAAAGCCACAGUUAUUGUCAUGGUCACUCGAUGUGAAGAAGGAAACAGGAACAAGUGUGCAGAAUACUGGCCGUCAAUGGAAGAGGGCACUCGGGCUUUUGGAGAUGUUGUUGUAAAGAUCAACCAGCACAAAAGAUGUCCAGAUUACAUCAUUCAGAAAUUGAACAUUGUAAAUAAAAAAGAAAAAGCAACUGGAAGAGAGGUGACUCACAUUCAGUUUACCAGCUGGCCAGACCACGGGGUGCCUGAGGAUCCUCACUUGCUCCUCAAACUGAGAAGGAGAGUGAAUGCCUUCAGCAAUUUCUUCAGUGGUCCCAUUGUGGUGCACUGCAGUGCUGGUGUCGGGCGCACAGGCACCUAUAUCGGAAUUGAUGCCAUGCUAGAAGGCCUGGAAGCCGAGAACAAAGUAGAUGUUUAUGGUUACGUUGUCAAGCUAAGGCGACAGAGAUGCCUAAUGGUUCAAGUAGAGGCCCAGUACAUCUUGAUCCAUCAGGCUUUGGUUGAAUACAAUCAGUUUGGAGAAACAGAAGUGAAUUUGUCUGAAUUACAUCCAUAUCUACAUAACAUGAAGAAAAGGGAUCCACCCAGUGAACCAUCUCCACUGGAGGCUGAAUUCCAGAGACUUCCUUCAUAUAGGAGCUGGAGGACACAGCACAUUGGAAAUCAGGAAGAAAAUAAAAAUAAAAACAGGAAUUCUAAUGUCAUCCCAUAUGACUAUAACAGAGUGCCACUUAAACAUGAGCUGGAAAUGAGUAAAGAGAGUGACCAUGAUUCAGAUGAAUCCUCUGACGAUGACAGUGAUUCAGAGGAACCAAGCAAAUACAUCAAUGCAUCUUUUAUAAUGAGCUACUGGAAACCUGAAGUGAUGAUUGCUGCUCAGGGACCACUGAAGGAGACCAUUGGUGACUUUUGGCAGAUGAUCUUCCAAAGAAAAGUCAAAGUUAUUGUUAUGCUGACAGAACUGAAACACGGAGACCAGGAAAUCUGUGCUCAGUACUGGGGAGAAGGAAAGCAAACAUAUGGAGAUAUCGAAGUUGACAUGAAAGACACAAACAAAUCUCCAACUUACACCCUUCGUGUCUUUGAACUGAGACAUUCCAAGAGGAAAGACUCUCGAACUGUGUACCAGUACCAAUAUACAAACUGGAGUGUGGAGCAGCUUCCUGCAGAACCCAAGGAAUUAGUCUCUAUGAUUCAGGUCCUCAAAGAAAAACUUCCCCAGAAGAAUUCCUCCGAAGGGAACAAGCAUCACAAGAGUACACCUCUCCUCAUUCACUGCAGGGAUGGAUCUCAGCAAACGGGAAUAUUUUGUGCUUUGUUAAAUCUCUUAGAAAGUGCAGAAACAGAAGAGGUAGUGGAUAUUUUUCAAGUGGUAAAAGCUCUACGCAAAGCUAGGCCAGGCAUGGUUUCCACAUUUGAGCAAUACCAAUUCCUAUAUGACAUCAUUGCCAGCACCUACCCUGCUCAGAAUGGACAAGUAAAGAAAAACAACCAUCAAGAAGAUAAAAUUGAAUUUGAUAAUGAAGUGGACAAAGUAAAACAGGAUGCUAAUUGUGUUAAUCCACUUGGUGCCACAGAAAAGCUCCCUGAAGCAAAGGAACAGGCUGCAGCUUCUGAACCCACAAGUGGCACUGAGGGGCCAGAACAUUCUGUCAACGGUCCUGCAAGUCCAGCUUUAAAUCAAGAUUCAUAGGAAAAGACAUAAAUGGGGAAACUCCAAACCUCCUGUUAGCUGUUAUUUCUAUUUUUCUAGAAGUAGGAAGUGAAAAUAGUAUACAGUGGAUUAAUUAAAUGCAUUGAACCAAUAUUUGUGGAAGGGUUCUAUUUUACUACUGUGGAAAAAUAUUUAAGAUAGUUUUGCCAGAACAGUUUGUACAGACGUAUGCUUAUUUUAAAAUUUUAUUUCUUAUUCAGUAAGAAACAAUUUCUUUGUAAUCUUUACAUGUGUAUGUGUAUGUGUGUAUGUGUGUGUUUGUGUGAGAGACAGAGAAAGAGAAUUCUUUCAAGUGAAUCUAAAAGCUUUUGCUUUGCCUUUUUGUUUUUAUCAAGAAAAAAUACAUUUUAUAUUAGAAGUGUUUACUUAGCUUGAAGGAUCUGUUUUUAAAAUCAUAAACUGUGUGCAGACUCUUUAAAAUCAUGUACAUUUCUAAAAUGACCUCAAGAUGUCUUCCUUGUUCUACUCACAUAUAUCUUAAAUAGUUUACGAUUUUACUUCUAGAAAUAGUACAUAAAAGUGGUAUGUGUGUGUAUAGCUACUACAAAAGAGUUAACUAAAUUAACAUUUGGAAAUCUUAUAUUCCAUAUAUUAUCAUUUAAUCCAAUAUCUUUUUAAGCUUAUUUAAUUAAAAAAUUUCCAAUGAGCUUAUCUGGCUGUCUUUACAUGGGAUUUACAAUUUUGUGUCAUCUAUUGUUCUCUGUACAAUAUUUAAAAUUUAUUGCUUGAUACUUUUGACCACAAAUUAUGUUUUGUACAAUUGAACUUAAAUAAACAUCAUUAAAAUAAACCAAUGCAAUAUGUAUUAAUAUUCAUUGUAUAAAAAUGAAAAAAUACAAAUAUAUUUGUUAAAUGUUUACAUAUGAAAUUUAAUAUAGCUAUUUUUAUGGAAUUUUUCUUUGAUAUGAAAAAUAUAAUAUUGCAUAUGCAUAGUUCCCAUGUUAAAUACCAUUCAUAACUUUCAUUAAAGCAUUUACUUUGAAAUUCUCUAAUGCUUAGAUUCUUUUUAUUGGGAAUGGAUAUUACUAAUCAUAAUAAAAUUCAACGAUCAUUUUUUUCUUGUUUA